UCUUCACUCGAACCCAAGACAUCAAAGUUCGACUUUCUUGUGGACAAGUUGUGCAGAGACAUGGCUCGUGCCGUCAUGUUCUCUGUGAGGAUAACCGGAAAAUUCCCAUCUCACUAUGUGAAGGCGAUGUGUAAUGUGUUUGGAAAUGACGAGAAGAAAGUGAAAGAGUAUGUUGUGAAGAAAUGGUUGGGAGGUUCGAAGCUCGUGUCUAGUUUAUCUUGUGCUUUUCAUUGAAAGAGUAUAAUUGUCUUUAGUGAUAUUAGUCUAUUAACAAUUAGCUAAGGUUUUCAUCCGAAAGUCAAAAAGAUUAUGCAAAUUAAAACGACACAAUUAGUAAAGAAAUUAUGCUCAAAAGUCAAAAACUUACAAAUAACAGUUUUUAUGCAAAAUUAACUUCAGAAAUUUAUGAAUAGCAAUUCCAUAAAAAUAUAUCAUAAGAAUGUGUAAAAAAUCAGAGAUUUAUUCUCCUUUUUGCUACCGAAUCCAUUACUCAUGUUAUUGAGACCCACCCCACUAAACUCAUAGGUUAAUCACUCUCGGAUAAGAACAUUCGAACAAUUACCGACACACAAAAAGUUUGAAGAGAAAAACAAAAAAUGUUGUCGAGAUUGUUCAAGGCAGGUGAAAAGGUUUUGUCGAAUCUCGUUAGCAAGAAAGACAUUUACAUGGCGUCGAGGAAUCAGGAGAAAUCUCCCAAAGUGCAAGAGCUUUACGACCUCUGCAAAGAGACUUUCACUGGCAAAGCUCCUUCUCCUGCUUCCAUGGCUAUCCAAAAGCUAUGCUCUGUGUUGGACUCAGUUAGUCCUGCAGAUGUUGGGCUUGAAGAGGUAUCUCAAGACGAUGAUCGAGGCUAUGGAGUUUCUGGGGUUAGCCGUUUCAAUAGAGUAGGACGAUGGGCACAACCGAUAACAUUCUUAGACAUUCAUGAAUGUGAUACUUUUACAAUGUGUAUUUUCUGCUUCCCAACGUCUUCAGUGAUCCCAUUGCAUGAUCAUCCAGAGAUGGCUGUGUUUAGUAAAAUCCUCUAUGGAUCACUUCAUGUUAAAGCUUACGAUUGGGUCGAACCUCCAUGUAUUAUCACACAAGAUAAAGGCGUCCCCGGUUCUCUUCCAGCAAGGUUGGCGAAAUUGGUGAGUGACAAAGUUAUAACGCCUCAGUCUGAGAUACCGGCGUUGUACCCAAAGACUGGAGGCAAUCUCCAUUGCUUCACUGCGUUGACUCCAUGUGCUGUGCUCGACAUUCUCUCACCUCCUUACAAAGAAAGUGUUGGCAGGAGUUGCAGUUACUACAUGGACUAUCCGUUUUCCACUUUCGCAUUGGAGAACGGAAUGAAGAAGGUGGAUGAAGGAAAGGAAGACGAAUACGCAUGGCUUGUACAGAUUGACACGCCCGAUGAUCUUCACAUGCGUCCCGGAUCAUAUACUGGUCCAACUAUCAGAGUCUAGAUAUUUGUGGUUUGUUUUGUAGCAAAGUAGAGCAACUCUUGUAACAUUCCAAGAUAAGUUUCUGGAGAAGAUAUCAAUACGAUUUCAGAUUAAAGAUGAACUCUUUGUUUAGUCCAUGUCCACUUCUCAGUUCUCACACGCAUUCAAGCAAAUGAAACUGCGGAAAACUACAAAUAGAUCGGCAAUGAGAAAUGUUAAGAUUUCAUUUCGAAUCUGUGCUUACAUCACUGAUAACAGCU